UGAGUGGUAAGGGUUGGCUGGCGUGUGUUGGUAUAAAACCUGAUGUAGCGGGUGGCCGCUCACCAUCGCCAACAUGAAGCUCUUGGUGGUAUGUGUUCUCGUGGCUGCUGCCGCUGGUUGGCCGAGUUCCGGCUUUCAAAGCGACGAUGCAGGUGGUGCAUCUGAUACUCAGAAACAACAUGACGUAAACUACCUGCUGUUCAAGGUCUAUGAAGUUCUUCGUGAUGAUAACUUGAAAAAUCUUGCUAAGACAUUCGACCCUGAAGCCGACACGUCUCACUAUUCAGACGAUGGAGCUGCGGUUCACAUACUUGCAAAGGAACUAAAGGACCACCGGCUCCUGGAACAAAAACAUUGGUUCUCCCUCUUCAAUACACGACAACGUGAAGAAGCACUUAUGCUCUAUGAUGUUUUGGAACAUAGCAAGGACUGGCAAACUUUCAUCAGCAAUGCCGCUUAUUUCAGAAACCGCAUGAAUGAAGGAGAAUUUGUUUACGCAUUGUAUGCAGCAGUAACGCACUCUCCACUCACCAAGCACAUUGUACUUCCACCACUUUACGAGGUCACACCGCACUUGUUCACAAACAGUGAAGUUAUCCAGCAAGCCUAUCAUGCCAAGAUGACUCAAACCCCUGGUAAAUUCAGAUCUCACUUUACUGGCAGCAAAAAGAACCCAGAGCAACGUGUAGCAUACUUCGGCGAAGAUAUUGGCUUGAAUACCCACCACGUUACUUGGCACUUGGAGUUCCCAUUCUGGUGGGAAGACAAACAUGAAGGCCACCAUCUGGAUCGUAAGGGUGAAAACUUCUUCUGGGUACAUCACCAACUCACUGUUCGUUUCGAUGCUGAACGUCUGUCCAAUCACUUGAAUCCCGUUGAUGAACUUCACUGGGAAGAAACCAUCGAAGAGGGAUUCGCUCCUCAUACAACUUACAAGUAUGGAGGAGAAUUCCCAUCUCGUCCUGAUAAUAUUCACUAUGAGGAUGUCGACGGAGUCGCUCGUAUUCGUGACUUACUCAUUAUUGAGAAACGUAUUCAUGAUGCUAUUGCCCAUGGGUAUGUUACUGCUAGAGAUGGAUCUAUUAUUGACAUAAAAAAUUCUCAUGGCGUUGAUGUACUCGGUGAUGUCAUUGAAUCCUCUAAAUAUAGCCCUAACGUCGAGUACUACGGUUCACUUCACAACACAGCUCACGUGGUGCUUGGUCGCCAAGGAGACCCACAUGGAAAAUACAACUUACCUCCUGGAGUACUGGAACACUUUGAAACUGCUACCCGCGACCCAGCAUUCUUUAGAUUACAUAAAUAUAUGGAUAAUAUCUUCAGAGAACAUAAGGAUAGCCUUACUCCUUACACGAAAGAUGAGUUGGAAUUCAGUGGUGUUGCUAUCGACAAUGUUGCCAUUGACGGUACACUGGAGACCUUCUUUGAGGAUUAUGAAUACAGUCUUCUCACAGCUGUCGAUGACACCGUUGAAAUAGAUGACGUGGAUAUUACUACAGUUGUAUCACGUCUGAACCACAAAGACUUUUCCUUCAACAUUGACGUAACCAACAAUAAUGAUCACGAAGUGUUGGCAACAGUGCGUAUCUUCGCCUGGCCACAUCGUGACAACAAUGGUAUUGUCUACCCAUUCAACGAGGGACGCUGGAGAGCCGUCGAGCUGGAUAGGUUCUGGAAACAGCUGAGUCCUGGUGUGAACCACAUUGUACGCAAAUCCACUGAGUCGGCAGUGACUGUCCCUGACGUGCCCAGUUUCCAUUCAUUGAUAAAGAAGACUGAUGAUGCACUCUCCUCUGGUAGCCAGCUUGACCUUCAUCAGUACGAGAGUGCACUUGGACUGCCUAACAGGUUCUUGCUUCCCAAGGGUAACUCACAAGGUCUGGAGUUCGAUCUGGUUGUUGCUGUGACUGACGGCAAGGCAGACGCAGCAGUUGAUGAUCUACAUACUAAUACCAAAUUUAACCACUACGGCUACGAUGGAGUGUAUCCCGACCACCGACCACAUGGCUACCCGUUGGAUCGUCGUGUUGAUGAUGAACGCAUCUUCCACGACCUCUCUAACUUCCACCAAACUGUUGUUAAAGUCUACAAUCAUUAAAAUUUUUAACACCAUUCAGGGGUGUAUCUACCUCAAGCUCGUUUUCUUUUAAGUAACAAAUUUUGGCACUACAUGAAAAUUACUAGUUUGCGCAGGAGAAUGGUCUUACUGCCAGUUGGCACUGAGCAGUGGCACUGUGAGGUUUGUGAUCAUGUAGCUUCCAGCACUAUUUUUACUUAAUAUUACAAUCUAGUCAUCCUAGUGCUUCUCACCCAUGAUAAUCAAAGACAGAUCAAACAUCUUAUGAAUUUUUUUUUUCACUAUCAGAGGAUGACUUGUCUGACUUUAAUAAAAACUGCUCAGUGGCGCCCCCUUUCAAGUGGCGCCCCCCUUCAGGUGGUGCCCAGGGCACGUGCCAUACUUGCCGUACCUUAGGUACGCCACUGACACCAUUUAAAAUGAAAAAUUUAAAAAACUUCUUGUCAGUUUAAUUUUGUUUACAAAACACUCUUUGUUGGCAAAUAAAAAUAUUAUGAGCAAA